GUUCCUGUGCGUCCGGCGGCGCUGCGACCCUGCGGGCUCUGCUGCCUGGCCUCCCUCCCUCCCCGCCCAGCGUCCGCCCUGAGACCCGGACCUCAAGAGAUGGCUGCCCAGUGCGUCACGAAGGUGGAGCUGAAUAUUUCCUGUGAUAAUCUCUUGGAUCUAGAUGUAGGGUCAAAGUCGGACCCUUUGUGUGUGUUAUUUUUGAAUACAAGCGGCCAGCAGUGGUAUGAGGUUGACCGCACAGAAAGGAUUAAGAAUUGCUUGAAUCCCAAAUUUUCCAAGACAUUUAUUAUUGAUUACUACUUUGAAGUGGUUCAGAAGUUGAAAUUUGGGAUUUAUGACAUCGACAACAAAACCAUUGAGCUGAGCGAUGAUGACUUCUUAGGAGAAUGUGAAUGUACCCUUGGACAAAUUGUUUCCAGUAAGAAGCUAACUCGACCAUUGGUGCUUAAAAAUGGCAGACCUGCGGGGAAAGGGAGCAUUACGAUUUCAGCUGAAGAAAUAAAGGAUAACAGAGUGGUCUUGUUUGAAAUGGAAGCAAGAAAACUGGAUAAUAAGGAUCUGUUUGGAAAGUCAGAUCCAUACCUGGAAUUCCACAAGCAGACAUCUGAUGGAAACUGGCUAAUGGUUCAUCGAACAGAGGUUAUUAAAAACAACUUGAAUCCUGUUUGGAGGCCUUUUAAAAUCUCUCUUAACUCCCUGUGCUAUGGAGAUAUGGACAAAACUAUUAAGGUAGAGUGCUAUGAUUAUGAUAAUGAUGGGUCACAUGAUCUCAUUGGAACAUUUCAAACUACCAUGACGAAACUGAAGGAAGCCUCCAGAAACUCGCCUAUUGAAUUUGAAUGCAUAAAUGAAAAAAAGAGGCAAAAGAAGAAAAACUACAAGAAUUCAGGUGUUAUCAGUGUGAAGCAGUGUGAGAUUACGGUGGAAUGUACAUUCCUUGACUAUAUCAUGGGAGGAUGUCAGCUGAAUUUUACUGUGGGAGUGGACUUCACUGGCUCCAAUGGUGACCCCAGGUCUCCUGACUCCCUGCAUUACAUCAGUCCCAAUGGUGUUAAUGAGUAUCUGACCGCCAUCUGGUCCGUGGGACAGGUCAUCCAGGAUUACGAUGCUGAUAAGAUGUUUCCGGCUUUUGGUUUUGGAGCCCAGAUCCCUCCUCAGUGGCAGGUUUCACAUGAAUUUCCGCUGAACUUUAAUCCAUCCAGUCCCUACUGUAAUGGCUCCGAGAGAAGCGCUGGCUCAAUGUGUCUUGGCCGAGGUCCCCCAGCAGGUGGUGGGCUACUUCAACGCCUACAAACUCCUCCCCCCCAAGAACCCGGCUGUGAAGUGAAGGGAGCGGGCGCCCGAGCAGAGUGCUUCUGUGCCGUGGGGAGCGGUGGCUUCCUCCCUCACCCGAAUCAUGAGUCUUUUCAUUUUACACACUUUUCACCCCCAGCAUUUAUCAUGUAAACCUAGUUCUCUAUGGAGUGUCUCUAUUUAAAGCAUUCUCUGUGUACUUUUUUUGGAGGAAAGUGCUAAGUUAAUCUUUGCUCAAUCAAUUCAGUGAGUGCUAGUGAUUUAUAGUCAUUUCAGUGAGGCUGUUUGGAUUAGAAUCUCGUGUGAGAAAAGCCGCUUUUGUCGUUGUCGCUGUUUACUGGCAUAUGAUGAAAAUGCUGUUUUUCGAUGUUUGUCAAUAGGAAGAAUGAAACAUUGUUGGGACGAUGCGAUUUACAGCUUGGUGCACUUGAUCUGUUCUAGGCAAUAGACGUUUUCCAAGCCAAUGUCCAUAUCUCAUGACAAGAGCUUCCUAAGUGCUGUGCUGUUGAAUG